UCUUUUCUUACAACAGUGACUAAUUCCAACAAAACAUAAACAGGCGACAGGCAAGCAUUUUGGGGAUUGUGCACAUUUCAAAAGAAACACUAAGCAUAGGUAUUUCUGAUAACUAUUUCUAAAAAGACAAACGGGCUGCCAUUUUCGAAGAAGGUGAAAUCUUUUUUUUGUGUUUUGUUUUUUUUUUUUGGGGGGGGGGUGCCAGUGAUGUUUAUGUAGUGUAUUUAAAUCAGAGGUUUCCACACACUUGAUUAAACUAUUGGGGAUGUGAAGAAGACAAAGAAAAAAUUAGUCAAAAGGGAACAAAAAGAAUCAUGUCAACAGAACUUUCAAAGAAGCUGAGCAGCAAAAGGAAAAAGCUGCCAAAGAACACGUCAAAGUAUGAAGUUCUAGUCCAACUCGGUCUGGAGGCUUUCUAUCCUUCUCAAUUGGAACCAGCUUCAAUACUGGACCUCAGUACGUGGAUCCUGGAAAACCUAGUUCCUCGAGAACCCAAUGAUCUGCCAAAAUCUUUCCUUCAAAGGUUGUGGCUUCUUCGUCCAGAUGCUCGGAGUACUUGCUGUAAGGCCCUUUCAGACAUUACGGCUAGUCCUACUGAGAAGGAUGAUGAUUUCCGAGGAUUGCGCUCCUGUAACGUCAAUCCUCUUGAACUAGUGACAGCUGUCUUUAUGUGUGCCAACACUUUCCUUCAGCAAGAGAUAACAACACGCAUGCUACAGUGCCAGUUUGCCACGCCCUUGCUUCUUCCACAUCUUGAUGAUGAAAAACCAAGUGGCUUCCUCCUUUGGCCUUUGAGAGAUGUUGUGAGACAAUGGCAGACCCAGUCUUUAGAUCAUAACCAAAAAGUCCAAGAAGCAGUUUUUGCGAGCACAUUCAUGCCAAUGAUGUCGUGUGUAAGGCUUGGUUCCUGCAGUGUCUCCAAGUCUGAGGUGCUCAAUCAUGUCAUCGGAACUGAUACAUUCAUCCACAAAGGGAUGGAGGGUGGACAACUACCCCGAACCCUCUCCAAUGGUCUUGUGGAGACUGCAUGGACUCUUCCUGCGGGAGACCCGAACAGAGACAGUUUCCCUCUUCCAGUGGUAUUUGCUAAUCUUCGGGGGGAUGCAAGCACACAUGAAAAAUGCCUUUACUUUCUCAGCCAAGCAUCAUCAGCAUUAAUUGUAUUCUGUGAGAAUCCUACGGAAAAAGAGAGACAACUGCUUGUGACCUGCAAAGAUAUGACGCCCAAGCUCAUUGUAAUUGACCUCACUGAGGCUGAGACCAAGGAGGACAGAGCGGUGAAGUUUAUUGGUAAAAACCUUCAGGAUCAGCUAUGUCUUCCAGAUGGAUCAGUUGUGACAGGAAGCCGUUUGAAUGCAGGGAGCAUUGCUAAUGUACUAUGUGAUGCCCUCAACAUUUUGCUACCAGAUCUGAGACUUGUGACACUUGAAGGAGCAGCAAAGUUAGCAGUGGAGCUGGGGAUGGAUUGUGAUGAAGGGAAGGUCUGUAAAAGAUCAAUGGGCUCAGCAGAGGAGGUUUUGAAAGGUUUAGAUAAGGGACAUGUGGUGUUUAGGCAGAAACAGUUGCCCUUGCAAGGUGCUAUGUGGAGCAGGUUGGCUGAAAUUGAAAAAAUGGAAAGUAAAAAGAAUAAGGAAGGGAAGGUGUUUGAUCCUCACUUGCAAAAGGAGAAAAAAGAUAUCAUUGGCAAUUUAAGCAGAUACAGAAUGACUCCUUGUAUGAAGAAUUUCACAAAGGCAGUGUCAACCACAGAUAAAGUGGAGCGGAUGUAUUUCCUCAGUUGGAUGAGGUUGAAACUAAGACUGCUGCAAAUGCAGAAACAGAUCAAUCUAAAAGAUCUACUGAUAAAUCAACAGACAAAAGAGAACAAUGGCAUUCCUGAACAACCCGAGCUUCAGAAUGGACUAAAUGACGCCAUGGGCGAUAGCGAUAGUUUUUGCACAGAUUCAACAUUUGAAGAUGGGGAAAUAGAGCAGCUUGCAGCUAAUGAUCAGGACUCAUUUUUUUUGGGACUUGAGCACUUUUUGCGCGAGAUGGGCCUCAUUUUUGAACUCAGCCACAUCAGCCCUGGAAAUGACAGCCAUAAUGGGCCGCAGCUCCCAAGUGUCGCAGCUGACUUGAUUCUCAGUGGGAUUCCGCUUGAAAUAAUGGAUGGAGACUCCAGCUAUAUUCCCAUACAGUGGGUUGGUGGUGUUCUUACAGAGAUCAACCAUCGGUUUCCUCAAAACCACUUCAGGACACUGACAAGCCUUGGAGUUCACCAAGCAAAGAAUGCUGAGAUCCUUUCAGCAUUAUUUGGAGUAAAAUUUCUAGAUGAACGUAAAAGAUCAACGAGAGGACUGUACAUAGAUGUUAUACAACUACCAUUGAAGUUCAAAAAGAAGCUAAACUGUGAUUUUCUCCUGCUGAUUGAUGUUGAGGGUCUCUGCUCUUCUCCCGCCAAUGGCCAAAUAAGCACUCAAAUCAGCGAUAAUGAGAUGGCAACUUUUGCAACUGGAAUGAGUGAUGUCUUAUUGCAAAACCUCUUCUCACGUUCAGCAUCUGAGUUUGAGACAAGCCUCACAGUUGCAGUCAAUGCUCUAUUGCGCAUCAGAGAAUAUGGAUCCAUACCCAUCUGCAAGGUUUUAGUCCAGGAUGAAGGCAUAAAUACCAUAUUAGAAGCUGCACAGUUAAAACGUGUAUCUAACAUUUUGCAGACUAAGACUGGAGAGAGAACCCUAAGGGAUGGCGAUACAAUGACUCUUAAUUCCAAGAAGAAAAGUUCAAUUCUGUAUGUUAGACCAUGGCACAGUGAUCCACUGUCAAGAUCAGUUGACACCCAGCAUAGUGAGGCUAUGUUGAAGUUAAAGCGUAGACUUUUUGGGGCUCUGAAGGAGGCAGCCGCUCAUUCAGAAACAUGUGGUUUGCCUGAAUUUAUGCGGCGUUUGUGUUCUGUUUGGGAGGCAGUAAAAGCAGAAUCCUUUUCUAUCAGUCUGCAAAAUAAAGAGAUCGCUUUGGCCUUCUCUCUAUUUUGCACUGAGCUUUCUCAGCAGGAGGACAGAUUGCUGGAAUACAUGGAAAACUGGCUUAUGCAAGCAACCAAGACAAUUUCUUUGACAAAGCCGGAAUCUUUGGACCCGUCCAGCCAAAAUGAUUUUCUGUGUGAGCUAAAAUAUGAAGCUAGAAGAGAGGUCAAAAGGGAAGUAAACAAACAGAGGUUAAGUGUAAAGACCAGUUUGAAGGAAAACAAGCUUGAUGUCUAUGUUAAAAAACUUGGAACUAUCAUUUUGAGCAACCUGACUGAGCUUGAAGAACGAGUAACAACGACUGUAAUAGAAAGGCUGGAAAUGAUCAAUGAGAACCAUUGCUCAUCCACUCAGCUCAACAGAAUUGAGACCAUACUGCAAACCCACCAAAAUGCCAGACUUGAGGCACUUCUAGACAAUAGUGAAUCGGACAAACAACUCACUACAGAUGAAGACCUGGAAGAGGAGUUUGAGGAUAUCUGGAAGGAGGCGUUGUCCAAUUUUGACUUCAGGCCUUCAGAUGCAGAAGAUAUCACCACAAGAGUGAAAACUAUUCUCUCAGCAAAUCUUAUCAACCGUGGUCUUCAAAAACACCUGAAUAAGCUUUUGGAUUUUGGCCAAAAUCAAACUACUUUCUUCAGAGUGGAUGACCAGUACUUUGGCUACAGCAGCAGAAUGAAGAACCUCUUUGAAAACAACAACAAAUCGCCAAAAGCUAAAGCUCAACAACUUGCAAGUAACAUCAUGGAGUAUUACCAGCAAUUUGUAGAAGACAAAGUCAGUGUCCCGCAAGACUUCUCUGACAGUUACAUCACAGAACUGUUAGAGAUGAUCGAUAAAACCUUGAAAGAAACACAUUUGGACACCAGAACGGCCUUUGAGGUGGAUCUGAAGGUCUUCAUAUGUAAUGCUGCGUGCAGAGACUUCCAAAGAGUCCACAAUCGUUUCGCUAAGGAUGGAGAGCUUCUGAAGUCCAUUAAAGCCAAAAAGAGCUCCCUCAUGACAGAUUUCAUUUAUCAGUUUAGGAAAACAGACCAGCGUCAGAGGUUGGCUCAUAGGUUCAUUUCUGACAUCAUCCAACCUACAGUUAUGGACUACGUCUAUAAACCUCUAGGAAUGCAAAUUGCGGAUGACAUAAAAAGUAAAGCCCCACAUUAUCUAUCUCCACAGGCCUUCCACAAGAGUUUGCUGGAGGGGCUAAUCAAGGACGAUACAUUUGAAAGCUUCACAGAGUAUUUGCUUUCUUAUGACAGCUUCAGGCUGAGGAAGAUCCAGGAGACUGUAGUAGCACACCUGUCAGACUGGAAUGUGAAUACGUGGAGGCAACAGCGCCUCGGAGAUAUCAUCGGAAAGGUAGCAGCAGCUGCGAGCCAAGUAUUUGAAGGUACCAGCGCUGCACUCAGUGACACUAAGCCAAUGCUGGAGCAAGUGUGCCUGAUUCUGGAAGAUGGAGACGCGUGUAUCCCCUGGGAGUCUCUGAAGGGACCACUCUUCAAUAUCACCACAGACUGGGAUCGCUUUAUAACAUGUUUCAUGGAAUUACUGGCAGCAUUGCGCUUGGACCUUGCCCAGGCUUUCUCCCAACCCAUAGGUAGCGACCAACUACUUGAGUGCCUUCCCACUCAACCAAGGGACUGCCUUUUCAACAAAGUAAAAGGCUGUGACGCACUAUGUCCAGUGUGCAGCACGCCUUGUGAAGUGGAGCAAACCUGGCAUCGGGUUCACCAGGCCUCGCUCCACAGGCCCACAUGCAUGUUGGAGCCCACAUCCCUCACCAGCCCCGAAUGUGCAAACCCCGAUGACCUGGGCACAAAAGAUGUUGCUGUGGCUUGCUGGGAAUUCCAGCCUUUACACCUUGACUGGAAUCUUUCACCAGGGGAGACAAGCAACCAGACACCUAGUCCUUACUGGAGGUAUGUGUUAGCAAGAUUUAAUGACAGAUUUGCAAAGAAAUACAACCAGAAGCCACCCCUAAUUCCAGAAGAGUGGAAGGCGAUGACGCAACAGGACGCCUUGGACAGUCUGAGGGAAAACUUCUUUCACACUGGAGAGUUAUGAAAGCUAUGAUAACAUGUUACAUUUAAUGGAUUGUGUAUUGCUAGCAACACCACGAUCAUGUCAGUUUUGGUUUUUAGAACAAUACAAAUUUUCCAAAUUUAAUGUUAAGCAAUAGUAUUGUUGUGUGUUUG